UUUCCCCGAUUUUGACAGGGUGGUCACCGUGGAGUAUUUAAACAAAUUUAACAGCAAUGAUUGGUUUACUAUAUAAUGGCUGAGAGCGGAGAUCAAAAUCAGGAUGUCUUUCAGGAGGAAAGACUGCUGCUGAAACUGGAGACAUGUAUGCAGAUUUACAGCUGGGACUGUGGACUUGCCUGCUGCUGUAUGGUGCUAAGAUAUUUGGGAAAAGAUGAUUCCUGUGUUUACACUAGUGAUCUUGAUGAACUUCAAUGUGGUCAAAGUAUAUGGACAAUUGAUUUGGGAUACCUUUUACUUAAGUACAAAGUCAGGGUAGAGUUCUCCACAGUUACCUUGGGUGUGGAUGACCAGUAUGCCAGAAAGCCAUUCUAUAUGCGCAAUUUUGACAAAGAUGCUGAAAGGGUUAGCAAAAAGUUUGCAGAGGCUUCCCAAUCAGGACUUGAUGUUUCCAAAAGGUCUUUAAGCAUAAAAGACAUUGUGAAUCAUCUAUCAGGGGGGAACCUGCUCAUCUGCCUGGUUGAUUGGAGCUCACUGGAGUGUAUCUGGUGUGACAGGGUGAAGCAACACUGUUUAAACUGGUGUGGACAUUGUUGCAGAACAUAUCAGGGUCACUAUGUUGUGGUGUGUGGAUUUGACUUGAAAAAGAAAUAUAUAUUUUACAAAAAUCCUUCCUAUGAUGAAGAUGUGUGCUGUUCCCGGAUGGACAAGUUUGACAAAGCUCGCAAGAGCCAUGGUACAGAUGAAGACAUUCUGCUCAUAUAUAAACAACAAAGUAAGGGGGAUCACACCUUCAGAUCCUAGGUCUCUGAAUGGACUUCAGUGUUGUUUUUUCCCAGCUAGUAUGGACAUUCUUUUCCCCUUAUUUAUGUAGUUAAAUAUGUGUCUAAUUCAUUUUUUUUUUCAAAACCAUUAAAAUUAGGAGGAAGUUUUUAGCUCACUUGAGCCGAAGGCUUAAGUGAGCUUUUUUGAUCAAAAUUUGUCCGUUGUCUUUGGUGUCGUUGUUGUUGUAAACUUUUUACAAUUUCAUCUUCUUCUGCAGAACCACUAGGCUAAUUUCAAUCCUACUUUGCAGAGUAUCCUUGGGUAAAGGGGAUUCAAGUUUGUUCAAAUGAAGGGCCCACACCUUCUUCCAAGGGGAGAUACCUGUAAUUAAGAAAAAGUGAAAAAUUGGGUGGGGUCAUUUUAAAAUCUUCUUUUCAAGAAACACUUGGCCAAAAAAGAUGAAACUUAUGUGAAUGCUUUCUGACAUUGUGUAGAUUCAAGUUUGUGCAAAUCAUGACCCCCUGGACUAGGGAGGGGUCACAAUGGGCAAACAAAGUUUUACAAAGGAAUAUAUAGGAAAAGUUUCUAAAAUUCUUCUUCUCAAGAGCAGCAGAUGGUUAGUCAUAUUAAUAUGGAAGCAUCCUCAGAUAGUGUAUAUUCAGGUUUGUUCAAAUCAUGACCCCAGGGAAUAAGGUUGGGCCACAGUGGGCAAUAAAAGUUUUACAUACAUGUAGGUAUACAUAGGAAAAAAUCUUUAUAAAUCUUUUUCUGAAGAACAGCAAAGCCAUGACUAAUCAUAUUUAUAUGAAAGCAUCCUCAGGUAGCAUAAAUUCAAGUUCUUCAAAUCAUGAUCCCUGGGGGUAGGGUUGGGCCCCAAUGGGCAAUAAAAGUUUUACCUAGGUAUACAUAGGAAAUAUCUUUAAAAAUCCUCUUCCUAAGAACAGCAAAUCCAUGACUAGUCAUAUUAAUUCAGAAACAUUCUUUGGUAGUGUAGAUUCAUGUUUGUUCAAAUUAUGUUCCCCGGGGUUAGGGGAGAGCCACAAUAGAAGAUCAAACAUAUAGAAUAAAAUCUUCUAAAGCCUUGAUUAUUCAAAGAAAUAUUGAAGCAUCCUCAGUUAAUGUAGAUUCAAAAGUGAACAAAUCAUACCCCUCCCCUUUCCACAGGGAGUGGGAUGGGGUGGGGGGAUAUUUGUAAUCACUUAUAUAUUUAAUCUUUUCAAUACUGCUGCUUUUUCCUAGCCAAUGUGCUCGGGUGAGUGAUGUGGCCUAUGGGCCUCUUCUUUUUUUUUCUUUUAAUUGUGGUAUAUGGUAUUAUUAUGGAAAUGUGCUCAAAAUGUAUUUGAAACAAGAAAAAUAAUUGAAAAUAUUUAACUUUACAUCUUUGACUUGAAGUUGUAGAGGUCUUCUUUUUUCAACAACUUCAGGUACAUGUACUUACCUGAAAAUAAAUUAAACUAGUAGAUUUAUUUGAAAUUUUUUUUAAUUUGUAAAAUAUGGUAUUAUUU